GCUUCCCCAUACCCCCUUUCUAUUCGCUCUCCUUUUUUCCUUCCCGUGCCAUGCCGUCGGAGUGACGUUGUGGUGAAUGCCGACUUCCACCGUGGCUUCCGCCGUCCGCCGCAUCCCGGGGAUUCCCCCCUCCAAGGUGCCUCCUCACUCUGAUCUCCGUCCCGCGCGCAAGCCCCGCCCUCGUCGCCAGAUCCGCGGCCCCGCAUUCCCCGGCGUUAAUGCCGGGGCCCGCCCCAGAAAGGACAGCGCCGCUUCCGGCGGGAGGAGGAGCGGUCCCAGCACUCCUCUGCUCCGGUGGAAGUUCUCAGAGAAGCCCUCGCAGAAGACCGAGGCUGUUACUGCCGGUGAGCCACCGUCGCCGCCUCCCCAGCUCACUCGGGUCUCCGCUAGGAAGCUCGUUGCCGGGAUCUGGCGCCUACGGCCUAUAGAUUCCGCCUGCGGUGGCGGGGGAGAAGGAUGGCGAGCUCGUGUAGGUCUUGAGUCAGGCUCUGGUUGCCAACAAGUUCAGUUGCUUUACAAUCCCCUAAGCACUGGCAUCCAUACUAAUAAGAGCAAGAAGCUUGAGUUUGCAAGUCCAGUCUCCGUCUUAAGUCCAAAACACAGUGAGAUCCACAAGUGUUCUGGUUUUCCAAGCUCUGCACUGGAGAAGGCUACUAAAUGGGACCCUGGGAGCUCAAUGACAUCAGAAGAGGUCUAUCGAUUCUACAGUCACUUGAAGCUUCUUGAAGACCAGGAGGUGAACACUGUAUCCGUCAUUUCUUCUCUCAGAACUGAGCUUGAAAAGGCUCAUGUACGCGUUAGUGAGCUCGAGACAGAACGCAAGUCAUCCAAGAAGAAGUUGGAUCAGUUCUUGAAAAGACUUGCAGAGGAGAAAGCAUCAUGGCGGAGCAGAGAGCAUGAGAAGGUCCGAACAAUAAUUGAAGCAAUGAAGGCUGACCUCGAUAGAGAGAGGAAGAAGCAGCAAAAGAUAGACAUCGUUAAUUCCAAGCUUGUCAAUGAGCUAGCUGAGGUCAGGUUAACUGCUAAGAAGCUGUUACAGGAUUACGAGAAAGAACGCAAAGCUCGUGAGCUCGUAGAAGAGGUUUGUGAUGAGCUUACGAAAGAGAUUGGGGAAGACAAAGCUGAAAUUGAAGCACUGAAGAUUGAAGCAAUGAAGAUACGAGAAGAGGCUGAAGUGGAGAAAAGAAUGUUGCAGAUGGCAGAAGUAUGGCGCGAAGAAAGGGUUCAGAUGAAGUUAAUUGAUGCAAAGCUAACUCUUCAGGAGAAGUAUUCGCAGAUGAUGGAGCUAAAAGCAGAUCUAGAUGCAUUUUUAGCUGCAAAGAAGAGUGGAGCUAUGGAUGUUGCAUUAACGAGAGAAGCUGAGUUGCUGAAAGAUAAAGUAAACUUGGUUAAUGUUGAGGACAUAAAAGAGUUCAUUUACCAGCCGCCGCCUGCUUCCGAAGAUAUUUAUGCUGUGUUCCAAGAACUCCAGCCAAGACAAGAAACUAGUGAAGCAAAUAUCCACCAACAAUGCAGCGGUCUUAGCCCUCGAAGCCAUGCCUCCAAGAUUAACGAAUCAAGUCAUGAGAGCAAUGUCUUUCUAGAGCAUCACAUAAAGCCGCAUGAAGAUGAGUUGUUUGAUAGUGAUGAGGAUGCUGAAGAUGAAAGUGACUGGGAAACAAUGAGUCAUCCCGAGGAACAAGGUUCAAGCAAUACACUCGAUGGGAGUGAACCAUCUGUUAACGAUUACUUUAAGGAGAGCAAUGCAGAUGCUUCAGUGAGUGAAGCAGAAUGGAAGGAGAUUGGGGACAACAAACCAGAUGCUGAAACUGUACGAGAAGUUUGCUCGACAAAUGCAAAGUCGAGGAAAAAGGUGCCUUCGAUUAGUAAGUUAUGGAGAUCAUCCAUGCAUGAUAUUACAGGGAUAGAACCAGGACGACUGUCAGUAUCAGACGCAAGAGUUUCGAAUAAUGGCGAAGAGCACAAGAAACAUUUGGUCGAGCAUGCGAAUGGAAGGCUGACAAAAGGAGGAAGGAUCUCCAAUGGUACAUUAUCUCCCGAUAUAGGAUUAGGCGAAAGUGGCUUAAGCCCAGGGAGCUUAGGACAGUGGAAUUCGCCUGAUUCACUGAAUCCUCAUAUCACUCAGGGAAUGAAAGGGUGUAUUGAAUGGCCGCGAGGUAAUCAGAAGCGUAGUUUAAAGGCAAAGCUAAUUGACGCGAGGAUGGAGAGUCGAAAGAUUCAGUUGCGACAUGUCCUGAAACAGAAAAUUUAGUAUGCCAACGACCAAUAUGAAUGAAACCCAUUGAAGAGGAGAAUGUUCCUUCAUUGAAGAAGCCAUGAAACAUUAGAUACAUUCUCCCAUGGAGAGAAUUCACUGGGUAGUUCCUACAUUUGAGUAGUUUUAUAAUCAACUUUAGUCCGGAGCUGAUCUUGAACUUGUACUCUAGGUCUCUAUUGUAUAUGAUGUGUAGGUAACUCAAUUUCAGCGACUAUGAAAUGUGCAAUAUUAAUACAUUUACAGUGCUACUCGUAAUAAAUUUAUCAAU